AUGAUAACACUUAUUCCUGGAAAAAGAGUGAACAAUGGACGUAAAGAAGAAAUUUUGUCACUUUUGGGGACCUGGAAAACUUUGCCUUCUUCGAUUACCUCAAGUUGGAAUGCUUGUGAUUCCACUCCAUGUUUAUGGGUAGGAGUUGAAUGUGAUAAUGCCCAGAAUUUGAGGUCCUUGAACCUCUCUGGUUAUGGUAUUUCUGGUGAAAUAGGACUUGAAAUUGGCCUUUUGAGCCGUUUGCAGAUUACCGAUUUGAGUUUAAACAAGUUUCCAUGGAAAUAUACCCUCAGAGUUAGGAAAUUGUAUGGGUUCAAUUCGUUGAACAGUUCUAUACCAUUGAGUUUGAGUAGCUGGAAAAAUUUAUCAACAUUGGUUUUGAGCGAGAACCAGCUCAGUGGCAGUAUUCCACCAUUCUUGUCAGAUUUUGAGAAGCUUUUGGUGCUACAACUUGGAGGAAAUCUUCUGGGAGGAUAUAUUCCCAAAUCACUUGGAGCAUGGAAACAUCCAUUUAUCGUAUUGAAUCUCAGCACUCCUGGUAACAUUCCUACAUUAAUGGAGGUCAAUGUUUCAAACAAUGACUUCACUGGUCCACUGUCAGAAACAUUGAUGUACUUGCUGGAAUCAUCUCCAUCAUCAUUUGUGGGCAAUCCUGGCCUAUAUGUCUAUUCUCCUGCAUCAAGAGGCUCGUCUAGCAAUGCAAAUAGUUUGUUCAAGCCUUGUGACAAUCAAUCAAGAAAUCAGAAUUCUGUUAGUGAAGUGAAUAUUGGAUUGAUGAUGCUGUCAGAUCUUUGA